AGAGUUUAAAGAGUCGAAGUAAACCAGCAGCGCUCAGAUCAGUCUGGGAUCAACAACAGUGGAAGAAGCUCGUUCAGCAGCUGUGACUCUGUCUCUGGUGGAUCUGAGGAAACACCGGUGGAUCACCUGGAAUUAACCUGGUCUCAGGACCUCCAGUCCCGCUGCAGCUCAGUCAGUGAGGCCGGUACCCGGACAACACAAUGUGGGGCUUCUGCAGCAGAUUUGCGGUGAAGGCCGGGAUGAAGCCCUGCAGCUUUAUGAAACCAAAUCACUUGGUGAAGCCUGUGUCAGCGACCCGGGUCUCUGGCAGAUACCUCACCCACCAGCAGGGCCUGCCCCACCUGCCUGUCCCCCCGCUGCAGCAGACCUGCGAACGCUACCUCGCUGCGCUGGAGCCCAUCGUGGAGGAGGAUGAGCUGAAGCGCACGAAAGAGCUGGUGCAGGAGUUUCAGAAAGCAGGAGGGGUGGGAGAGAGACUACAGAGAGGCCUGGAGAAGAGAGCACACCACACUGAGAACUGGUUGUCGGAGUGGUGGGUGCAGCUUGCGUAUCUCGAGUACCGGCUGCCUGUGGUGGUGCAUUCGAGUCCCGGACUGGUCUUACCUCGCAUGAACUUCAGUGAUAAACAAGGACAAAUAAGGUUUGCUGCCAAACUGAUCGCAGGUGUUUUAGACUUUAAGACGAUGAUUGACAAUGAGACGCUACCUGUGGAAUACCUGGGAGGACGGCCGCUGUGCAUGAAUCAGUAUUAUGAGGUUCUGUCGUCCUGUCGUGUCCCUGGUCUGAAGAGAGAUUCGGUGGUGAACCACGCCAAGAGCUCGCCGCCCCCACGACAUAUUACUGUAGUUCACAACCUUCAGUUCUUUGCUCUGGACGUGUACAACAGUGACGGGACUCCUCUGAUAGUUGAUCAGAUCUGCGUUCAGCUGGAGAGAAUCUGCAGCUCCUCACUACAGCCCGACGAAGAGCCUGUCGGCAUCCUGACCACGCAACAUCGUGACUCCUGGGGCAAGGCCUACAUCAACCUCAUCAAGGAUAAGACCAACAAAGAAUCAGUGUCAACGAUCCAGAGAAGCAUCUUGGUUGUGUGUCUGGACGGAGCGAUGCCUGAAGUGUCUGAUGAGAUGUACCGCAGCUCUGCAGCCGUCCAGAUGCUGCACGGAGGAGGCAGCAAGGGGAACAGUGCCAACCGCUGGUUUGACAAGACACUGCAGUUCAUUAUCGGAGAAGACGGAACAUGUGGAGCAAACUACGAGCACGCCCCAGCCGAAGGACCGCCUAUUGUGGCCUUGAUUGACCAUGUUGUCGAAUACACGAGGAAGACGGAGGUGGUGCAGCCUCCCAUGGUGCCGCUGCCCAUGCCACAGAAACUCCACUUCAACAUCACGCCUGAGGUCAAGAAGGACAUCGAGGAGGCCAAGCAGAGCAUGAACACUCUGGCUGAAGACCUCGAUAUGAGGGUUGUAGUUUUUGGUCACUUUGGUAAAAAUGUCCCAAAGAGCCACAAGAUGAGUCCUGAUGCCUUCAUACAGGUCGCUCUGCAGCUCGCCUACUACAGAGUGCAUCAGCGCUGCUGUGCCACAUAUGAAAGUGCCUCCCUGCGUAUGUUCCGACUGGGACGUACAGAUACGAUCAGAUCGGCCUCGACCGCCUCGGCUGCCUUUGUCAAAGCUUUUGAUGACCCCAGGAGACAGAACACACAGAAAGUGGAUCUGAUGGAGAAAGCUGUAAAAGCUCACAGGUCGUACACCAACAUGGCGAUCAGUGGUCAGGCUAUAGACCGACACCUCCUGGGCCUGAAGAUGCAGGCGGUCGAUGAGAAACUCUCCAUCCCUGACGUCUUCAGAGACGCUGCCUACGCUAAAGCAUUAAACUACGAGCUGUCUACAAGUCAGGUUCCGUCUAAGACUGACUGCGUCAUGUGUUUCGGUCCAGUCGUACCCAACGGAUACGGCGUCUGCUACAACCCAAUGAGCGAUCACAUCAACUUUGCUGUGUCAUCUUUCAACACCUGCGAGCAAACGAACGCGGCUCGUCUGGCUCAGGCGAUGGAGGACGCACUGUUAGACAUGAAGACUCUGCUGGAACAAACUCCAAGAGCCAAACUGUGAACGUUUCUAACCAUGAAUAAUUGGUUUAUUGGUUGUGCCUCAGACGACACGUCUAAAACUGCUGCAUCGCCACAGUGAACUUGGCCAGUGUUGAUUCUUCUGAUGUGUUUUUGAGACGACGCUUGAUUGUAAAUGACCCCACAGAGGUCAGAAGGUACAAAUUACAGAUGCAGGGAUUGAUUCAAUAAAUACAAACUCUGUUAAUCCAGGAUCUCUUCACACUUUAGAAACUGACUGAUUCACUUUUCUUUGGACUUUUACAGAUUUGCAUUAAAACUUUCAGAAUAAAACCUGGAAACUAGAUGUGAAAGAAGUCGGUAACACAGGCUGUUGUCAUGAACUCUGGAGAACUGAAUGACAAUCAUCAUUUAGCUGCUACGUAGAUUACCAAACUCAUUGUAUCAGUCCAAUCAGUUUCAGUGUUUUCCAUGAGCCUUUUCCAGAGGUUUAAUUACACAGAUAAGUAAUCCAUCAUCUCUGUACAUUAGUACUUUAGAAAUAUUAGAUUCCCUGUUUGAAGCUGCGUGUUUUUAUACUUCCAGCAGGGGUUACUAAAGUCAGGCUCACUUCAGGUUCAAACUGUUUAAAGAUCAAAUAAAGCAGCGAGUGUAUCCUCUACUUGGAAAGGAUUGUUGAUCUACAGGCGUGUUUCUAAAGAAGCAGACGUACGGAAAAAAAUAAAGAGGAAGAUUGAGUUUUAUUACAUUUUAAUAUACUUGAUGUCUCUGACUAUUUUUAAUACACAUAUGGAAAU